UAAAAGUUUUUUAACACAUUAUUAACAGGUUUUGGUUAUAUAUUAUUUGGAAACAAAAGAGCGCAUGCGCCUCCUCCAGCGUUAAGCGUGGAAAGUACUGGGCCUGCUGCACAGGCUUGAGGGAGCUGUCUUUCAUGGAGAAAUCUGAAGAGGCAAAUAUAUCGAAAUAUGCUUUCUAAGUUGUGAAUGUUCAGGUGAAGAUAAUGGGAGAACAAAACAUAGUCUCCGACUGGCUCCGGUCGCUCAAGUUGGAGACAUAUGCUGAAAGUUUCUUAGAUAAUGGCUACGAUGAUUUGGAGAUCUGUAAGCAGAUUGGCGAGUUAGAUCUUGACGGAAUAGGUGUGACCGUGUCUAGCCAUAGGCAGACGAUCCUGCAGGCGGUGAAAAGGUUGCUAGAACACGGCGGUACAGCCGUUUACUAUACCGUCGAGGAGCAGCUUCGCAUGGCUGGAGCAGUCUGCUGUGACACCUAUGACGAUUACGACAGCUCGAUAGGGCCGAGCAAACAGAAGGAUCAGUCAAAUCCACAUCUCAUUGUUAAUUCCCCUAAAGGUGACGGUGAUGGUAAAACGAACGGCGACACAGUGGCCAACAUGUCUUGCUGGACGGAAUCAGCCAUACCUCGCCAAUUUGUUGAUGAAUACGAAGAAGGAAAAGCCGAGUUGGUGAAGUUUCCUAGGAUUCAGUUAAAGAUGAUAGUUAGAGACAAGUUGAUACGUGAUGGAAUACGGUUAAGCGCAGAACCCUACUCAAAUAUGGACGGAACAAGGGGGUGUUUGGAUAGCCUUGCUCGUCGCUACUCGGAGGAGCUAAAAACACACUACAGAGACGUGAUGGACAGACUGGAAGAACUAAGACGUCGUCGCGUGGCUAUAGACAUACCACCACUUCCGCUGGACCUUGGAAAUUUCAAGCAAAGGACAACAGCUUCUUUUAAACCAGGAAAGUAUUCACCUUCUAGUUGUUUGAAUGACCAGGAAGAAGAGAAUAUCUACGGCUUAUACCAAGGUCAGACGGGCAAAGCAGUCAAUGUUGGUCAAACAGAAAGGUACCUUAGUCCACGAUCAAAAUCCUUUUACCAACCUUGCCCGUUUACUACAGCAGAGGCCAAAUCUGAAAAGCCCUACUCAAAUGGAACAAAGAAGAAAGGAGGUUUAGGAAAGUUGUUUCGAAGUUUUGGUACCAAAAAAGACAAAUGUAAAGAAAAAAAGUCACGAAAAUCAGAAAAGAAUGACCGAAAACUACAAUUACCUUGUAAAUCACCCUGUUCCAAAAAUCAUGUUGAAGUAGACGUCCCCAGCGCUCCAGUUCAUCAGUUUCAAAUCCAGAUCGGAGAGGAAGAACGAGAUCAGCUGAUGAUGAUGGUUCACGAUGGGUAUAUGACAAUGGAACAGGCGGUGCAAAAGAUUUUAACUGACUUGGGAAGAGGAGUUGGGUUCUCAGCCCCUGGUGGGAAAAAAGGACCUAAAAAACCUACUGCUGUAUUUUACUCUGAUGCCAAUGGAGAGGCUGGCACGUCCCCUUUAAGUAAACAUAUUUAUUAUGAACCUCCGGAAGAUCUUGACCUUGACAUGGAUCAAGACAACUUUAAAGGAUAUACAAGUAAGAAAACUCUUCAUUAUCGCACCACGUGCAAGGUGUGUCGUGGAUCACUGUCGGACCUAACACAACCACUCCUAAAUUCUGAACACAGCACCAAUAGCCUACCAGUCUGCUCUCAAGAAGAGUUUACAAAGAUAAUCCUAUCCAAGCAAGAUAAAUGUAUUGAUGCUAAUGAUGGGGUCAAUGUUAAUACUGGAGAACCACAAGUUGAAGACUUUAAUUCUAAAAGGUAUAGUCCACCGAAAGAUGACAGAGCAGCACAAAGCCUAGCAGACAUAACUUCUGCUGAUAGGCUUACAGCAUCAGAUAUAGAAAUAUCAAGUCCUGGAAGAGCAGUAGAUUAUGGGCAGUUAGUACAGAUAGAAACCAAAAACAUAAUCUGUAAUCAAAUGAUUGUGAAUCAUGACUUAGGAGGAAGUAUAUAUGAAGAUCACUGUUCUAGUGGUGCUCUGUAUCAUACCAAAUGCAGGAAGGACAGUUUUUGCCAUUCCUCAGUUCCAGUUGAUGAUGGGUCUCACAGCAAGUUUGCUUCAUCAGAGAGUAAUGACACAACUCCAAAGCUUGAUAAUACAGAAGACAACAUUGGAUCCUCUGUAUUAGAACACCGAAACAAGGAUGGAAUGCUUGGAAAAAUCCAAAGUUUGACUAACCGAACCAGUUACAGUACCAGUGAAGAAGGGCAGUCUCAGUCUUCUGAUUAUGAGGAAACUGAGGAAAUCGAAAAGAAAAUGGACAGUGGGCUGUCACGUGACCAUAGUGGGCGAUCUUCAUUAGCUGGGCGCGUCCGUGAACUCCAUCGUGAUGUAAGAAGAAGGUUCUCUCGGUUGAAGAGUUCCCGUUGCAUGCCGGAUACUGAGCAACUCCGGGAGCCAGUUGACCAACAGGAUGGAAUUACUAGACCAGGGAGUUCAUUAGAGAGUCUUCCUAGUGAAAAUGGUUCCAGCUCUCGAUGUAGUUUGCAAACACAGACGCCAUCAAGCAGUAACCGUAGUUCUACCUCUGUUGGAGAAGAUGAGGGAACCCCAUACAUUGGUCCCUUUUUGGGUCGAGCGCGUGCCUUAACUGAUUACACACCUAGUCCAUAUGAUAGAGAUGCCCUUGCUUUUAAGAAAGGGGAUAUUAUUGACAUUAUAGCUAAGCACAAUACAGGAAUCUGGGUUGGCAUGUUACAUGGUCGUGUUGGCAGCUUUAAAUUCAUUAAUGUUGAAGAACUACGAAAGGAGGUUCGACAUCGUCAACUUCGUUUCAAGAGGAGUACACAGUUGGCUUCACUAGCUGCUAUGAGACCACAGACAUUAGAAGACAUUCUACACAUGGUUGGAUUAGAGCAAUAUACCCAUAUUUUGGUUCUGAAUGGUUACAAACACCUAGACUCAUUCAAGGACAUAGAGAUAGAAGAUUUGGAAGGGUUAGGUAUUUUGGAACCAGAUCAUCAACAACAGUUGCUAAGAGCUGCAGAUAUGUUACUGGAAUGUGAAGCAACACAUAGUCUUGCCACCCACCCUGAACGUGAAGAACCGAUUGAAGAUUCAUCUCUUGAUAAAGAGAAGAAUACGGGACGAGAUUCUGGGUGCUAUACUGGCCGUGAAUAUUUCACUAAUCAAGAACCUUCCAGGGAUGUUGAUAAUUUCCAUUGUGUAGGAUGUAUUGGACACUCAUCAAAUAGUGAAAAUAUUUCUAAUGAAGUUCUGAAUGUAAGGAACAAUUUGGAUGCUGAUUAUUUGCCACAACAAAAUGCACAAACUUCAUCCCAGAGCUAUAACAACACCAGCACAAACUCAAUGGGUAGUUUCAAUAUUCCCAUUACUUACUCAUUCAAUCUGAGUACCACUGGUAAUGAGCCAAUUUUUGAUGAGGAAAAAGUGGUGUUGCGAAAAAAAAAUGAUGAUAGUCGUUCUUCAAGAGCUCAAAUUGUUGAAAAUGAGAAGCAUGAAACACAAGCAACAGCAAAUUGUAGCCCUGAAGAUGUUAUCAAAGUGUCCUCUCAGCUAUCAUGCUGUGAAAAUGGCUGCUUUCCAGUUGAUCACGAAGAAAACAUGACGGACUCUAAAAGUUGUACCUGUGUCGUUUGUUCCAUGAAGUCCAAAUCUUGUAUCGCAGAGACAUUUCCUCAACCGACGAGCCCGGUGAAUACUAAGUGUGUCCUAUCAACUCCUCAGGACUCUCCUGUACAUGUCUCCUGUGGUUCCGGUUUUGCCAUGAGAGUUAGGUGUGCUACUUUACCCCGCAAAAAGCAGCAGGACUCUGAAGAUCCUCCUCCUCCUGGAAAACGAGAUCACAAAAUCGUGGAGAAAAAACAGAACAGAAAGUUUGGAUUCAGAAAAGGAACUUUACAAGACACCCGUCACAUUAUCCAAUCCCAAGGGUUAACCUUAUUAUCUGUUGUAACCAAUAAGUUAGAGGAGGAAAAAAUAGAUUUGUGCCAAGAGCCCUACACGGAUAAGACCGGGUUUUGUGGUAUUCCACCAGCUUUAGUACAGAGAUAUUCGGAAGAACUUCAGAGGGAUAUCUAUGACGUAGCCGAAGUUCUCGAUCAAGCUCGGAUCAAUGCUCUUCAUCAACAAGAAAGAAAAGGGAUACCAAAUGACUUCCUAGCGGACUCGUGCAAUGAGCCUGUGGUCGAAGCGAACUACAGUUGUCUUCACGAUUGGCUAACUUCUCUUGGUCUUCCCAUGUAUACAGAACACUUUCAACGAGCGGGAUAUAGCCAACUGGAACAGAUUGUUUCGUUAAGAGAAGCUGAUCUCAGACAUUGUGGAAUUAAUUGCUCAAGACACUUGAGACUUCUUACGUCUGCUAUAGGCACAUUGCAUAUCCAUUUGGCUAAAUAUGGAACAGGCUGAAUUAACAGUUAUUGAUUUGAUUUACACAUUUGAAAGAUGCCGAACACACGAGAAUGACGGGUGUUGCGUUUAAAAUUAUGUAGUCAUCACAUUUACUAAUUAUCUGAGAUUCUCUUUCUCGAUGAAUGUCACGAGAUCUGAAUAGUGAGUUUGGGUGUAAUAUUCUGUUGAAGUCUUAUUAGGCUUAAUUGUUUUCUGUCUGUUGUCUUUUCAGUCGUAAUCGUGUUUGCUAAAAAUGCUAACAAUGUUUGUCAUUUUGUUGAUAACUCCUUCGUAUUAGCAAUCUACGUUAACUUUUUCGAUGUGCGUCAUAUUGUUCUAUUGAAGGAAGUAUUGCUGCCCGUGUUUAUAGUAUAAACUCGGUUGUUUGUCAUUGUUAAUUAAUAGCAAUCAUUAUAGAAUAUUACGAAUAAUAUAUUAACAAUAGAACCAUGACCUGUUUUAGCAAUGUAAAAGAUUUCUGUUUGCCUAUUCAUUGUUAUUAUUAUUAUUAUUUACUUUCUGUGAUAGUUAUUUUUUUUGGUAUUAUUUUAUGCGAAAAUAAGUCAAACAAAUAAUUUUAGUCAAACGUGAAGCUGGAAAAGUAUAUUCAAGCUGUGCUGAUUAUUAAAAUUAUUUAAAAAACGCUAUAUAACAAACUUUCAAAAUAAAGGUUCUUAUCUUGUGAAACUUUUCGCAAUUUGUUUGGGCCGAGCGUGGCCCAGUGGUUGGCGUACUGGGCUAUGGAGCUAUAGGUCCAAUGUUCGCAUAUCUUUACUGCAAAAAAAAAGCGCGCUCCGCACUUUGGGGCCGUUAGUGCGUUAUAAGAUUGACGGCCAAGUCCCAUUAUUCGGUCAGACAAGAGUAGCCCAAAAGUUGGCGGUGGGUGCUGUUGACUAGUUGCCUUUCCCCUAGUCUAUCAGUUCAAAAUUAGAGACGGCUAGCGCAGAUCCCUUGAUACUUUGGGCGAACAUCCAAAAACAAAUACUGUUAACUGAAAAAGGUUUUGAGACUUAAAAAUAUUACGCAAACGAAAACCCAAGAAGUUAAUUUCUAGUUGCGUGACAAGCUAUAUAAUAGUAUCAAAACCUGUUUUUUGUCAGACUUAGUUUAUCAACGAUAUAAUUCAACUUUGUUAUCGACAAAUUUGUGAGCCUAGUUUUUACCAGGUGUUUAGUGGAGCAGGAAAACAAUAUUUAAGCUAAGUAGUGAUUAAUUCUCCAGUUCGUACAGAUUUUGAGUAUACUCCGCCUUUUAUCAUAUAAACGAAAAGUGAAACACAUAAAUUUGUUAUUGUAUAGUUUCAACCAAAUGAAUUAUUAUUUUAUUUUCAUGUAAAUUCACGGUGUUUUUAUAUUUAAACAGUCUUUUGAAUGAUUAAUAAAUAAAGGUAAGUAAAUUCUAUGUAAAAAAAGUGGUCUUCUAUUUUAAUACAGUGGUUUCCUUAUGUCUUUAUAAGACAAAGGUUCAAAUCUGUAUAUAAAUAUAUAUCAACCCUUCCAACGUUGCCUAAGGAAACCAUAAUGAAAAUGUUUUAUACUUUUUUGAAAUACAUAAAGUGUUCCUGAUAUUUUAUAAACAACUUUAUAUUUUGUCAUGAAAUCGAUAAAACAAUCGAAUGUAUCAGUACAUCUGUUAGUAAUAUUGAAACGUAUUUCAGCUAAUCAAUUUAAUUCAGAUUUAUUUUAUAGGUAGCUGGAGCACUAAACAUUUUAAAUUAUUAUGCAUAGAAGUUUGUUCCAUUACAAUGUCAGCAUUAACAAGUUUAAUGCAAACACAUUAUGAAUUCCAAUAUGAUUUUGUUGUUGUGUCUGUUGUUUAAAUUAAAAUAGAUAAAAUUAAUUAGUAUUGACUGAUGAACUACUCAAACACUAGUGUAACCUAAAAACUGCUGUAAAUGAAUUAAAAAAGAUACUUUGAAACCAAACUAAACAUAUGCCUUGUUUUUUUAAAUCGUCUCUUAGUGAAUAUUCGUAGGUAAUUGGUAUUUCGGCAUUUUCUCUUGAAUCAACAUUGGUUUCAAAGCUCGUUUUCACUUGUAUAUGUAAUAUCGAAUAUUUGAUAUAGACGUGUGACCAAUAUAUAUGAAACACAGUGUUUAUUAUUAUCCAAUUAAAACUACACUUCCGGUUUUCAGCUAGCAAUUUAUUUAAGAAAAUGUAAAUACAUGUUUCGUAACUAUUACGUGGACAAUUUUUAACUGUAUAAAUGGUUGAAUAGACAACAACAGCUAAGAUAUUAACAUUGUUUUUUAGAGUUAAAUAUUAAUCAAAAGUAUGAAAUUGCAUGUUUCUCCCAUUUAUGUUAUCUCAAUUUCUUGAUAAGUAUAUCGUGUCUUAAGACAUAAGUAAUAGAAAUCAGCGACCUUGUAGACCAUACGUGAAAUAUACUGUAUGUUUUUGUUUUUUAUGAGAUAAAAGUACAGUGACGUUUAUGUAUAA